GGCAAUCCCACCAGAACCUUUGGUAGAAAUUACGAUAGCAUCAAAUGGAGGUCAAGAUUUCUACGAUGUAAGCAACGUGGACAGGUUCAACGUGCCCUUUUCGGUGACCCCACAAGGUGGGAGUGGUCAAUGCAAAACCUCAAGCUGCCCUAACAACAUCAACAAUGUGUGCCCUGCGGAGCUCCAAAUGAAAGGUUCUGAUGGAAGCGCGAUUGCAUGCAAGAGUGCUUGUUUGGCUUUCAACCAGCCUCAGUAUUGUUGCACUAGUGAUUUCAACACAGCAGAGAAAUGUCCACCAACAAAAUACUCUGACAUUUUCAAGCAGCAAUGUCCUGAUGCUUAUAGCUACGCAUAUGAUGACAAGACUAGCACCUUUACUUGCUUCUCCAAUCCUGACUAUGCCAUCACAUUCUACCCUUGA